GUCAUCGUUCAGAUUUUGAUAUGAUUAUUGAUGAGAUUGAAUCUCAAGCAUCGCAAACAUCACAGGCACCAAAAAAAGGUCGCAAGUUAACUACUAGUUCACACGGUUCAUAUAGUACGACCUCCGUGUAUAAUUUAAAUAAGUCUGUUACUUCUAAUUCAGAUUUAUCUCCUGCUAGUAAUGAAACAACUCAGCUUUCAAAGUGUAAAAAAAGGUUAUCUGAUUUGGCUCUGGAUUGUCUCGAUUUGAAUGUUAGUAAUGAUGUUAAUGAACCUGAUGAAAGUGAUGAUAUAGAACCUGAUGAUGAGGCAGUACUUCGUUUAUGA